CUAACCCCAGCCAUUUCAAAAAAAAAAACUAACCCCAGCAAUAUUAUUUCCCUCGAAAAUGUCAAACUAGAAGAAAUCAAGACACCGCCACUUGAUUGAUUUCUUGCCACCAAACAGAGCUCCCCGCCAUCAAGACACACUGGCACGAGGCGCCGCCGACGCCGGCCUCGCUCCUACUCGGCUACUCUCCACAUUAUUCUCCCUCCGCGCCUCCGUACGUCGGUGACGCCGAGCUAGCUAGCUAGCUAGGCACGCGCGCGCGUACACGAUGGCCGAGGCCGAGGCGGCUGAUGCCACCCAGCAUCUGGACGGCCGGGACGGCGGCGGCGGCCAGCCGAGCCACAGCAACGGCGGCACGUGGGAGAUCGAGGAGCUGGAGCCGGAUGAGGAGGCGCGGCAGGCGGGCGGAGGCGCGGCCCGCGGCGACGCGCAGGGCCAGCAGGGCGGCGGAGCGGCGGCCUCCUCCGGCGGCGGCGGCGGCGGUGCCGACGACGUGUACGUGGCGGUCGGCAAGGGCGGGUCCAGCAUGGCGGCGCUGUCGUGGGCGCUGCGCCGGCUCACCAGGCCCCGGAGCUUCGUCUACCUCGUGCACGUCUUCCCGGUCGUCAACAGCAUCCCCACACCAUUAGGAAUGAUGCCUAAAAGCCGAGCGAGCCCAGAGCAGAUUGAAACCUACCUGAACCAAGAGAGAUCGAAGAGGCGAGAAAUGCUGCAGAAAUUCCUGGAUCAGUGCCGCAAAUUUCAGGUUACCGUUGAUGUUUACCUCAUCGAGAGCGAUCAAAUCGCUAACGCUAUCAUUGAACUUGUUCCUGUCUUGCACAUAAAACAGCUAGUGCUGGGAAUUUCGAAGUCCAGUGUCCGGAAGCUCAGGAGAGGAAGCACAAUUGCAGGACAGGUACAGAAGAGCGCACCUAUCUAUUGCGAAGUCAAGAUCAUCUGCGAUGGCAAAGAGGUGAUGACAGAGACGAUUGCUGAUCCAACACCACCACUAUCACCUUCUCCUGUAGAUAACAGAAGAUCUAACAUAACACCACCAUCUUCUACUCCUAAUCAUGAUAAAGAAGCUGCAAAUUGUGAAGAAAAAGACGGUGAAUGCAGAGAACGAAAGAAAAUCACAAAGUUUCUAAAAUGCUUCUCGUUUUGAUUAUCAUUUGAUUGCUGUUUCAGUCACUUUUCACAGCUAGCACAUUGUAAUUUCAUCAUGAUUGGAGAGCGUAUAUAUGUUUGUGGUUACAAGUUUUGCCAACAUUUUUGUUUUUAGAAAUUAUUGAUUUAUUGUGUACAAAAGGAGAUCUCCAUGUAAUGUCGAAACUUUUUAGCAUUUUGCUAAAAUGUUUUGUGAUUUAAGAGGUCCUUAUCUGCUUUUUAAGGA